AUUACGGAAGAAAUUCAACCCCUUUUUUUCCCUUUAUAAGUACUCUACUACCCCGUAUGCUCCCACUAUCUCAUACCCUCAACUCAAACUACUACUUUCCUACUAUCCCCUACAAGUAUUUUCCUAUACCAAAUUACCAAUGGCUUCCAUAAUCCUCCCUAUAACUCUCUCUUUAUUCUCUCUUUUCUCUCUCAUUCAUGCUAGAUACCCCGGAGUUUACUCUCGCGGCGGUUGGCAAAGCGCUCAUGCCACUUUUUAUGGCGGCUCUGACGCUUCUGGAACUAUGGGAGGAGCAUGUGGGUAUGGUAACUUGUACAGCCAAGGGUAUGGGGUGAAUACGGCUGCACUUAGCACAGCGUUGUUUAACAGUGGCCAAAGUUGCGGGGCGUGCUUUGAGCUUAAGUGUGCUGAUGAUCCACGAUGGUGUCACCCAGGAAGUCCUUCCAUUUUCAUCACUGCAACAAAUUUCUGCCCGCCAAAUUACGCGCUGCCGAGUGAUAAUGGUGGAUGGUGUAACCCUCCUCGCCCACAUUUUGAUCUUGCUAUGCCUAUGUUUCUUAAGAUUGCUGAAUAUCGUGCCGGCAUUGUCCCUGUUGCCUUCCGCCGGGUGCCAUGCAGAAAGAAGGGUGGAAUUAGAUUCACAAUCAAUGGCUUCCGUUAUUUCAACUUGGUAUUAAUCAGCAACGUUGCAGGUGCAGGUGAUUUAGUGAGUGUAAGCGUCAAAGGAUCAAGAACAGGGUGGAUGAGUUUAAGCAGAAAUUGGGGUCAAAAUUGGCAAUCAAACGCUGUUUUGGUUGGUCAGUCACUCUCCUUUCGUGUUACAGCCAGUGAUCGUAGAACUUCCACCUCUUUGAAUAUUGCUCCCUCUAAUUGGCAAUUUGGUCAAACUUUUAUUGGCAGAAACUUUAGGGUCUAAUAAAAUCUAUAUUAUCCUAAAAUACCAAAUGUACCCCUUUUAAUUUAUGUGUUUUUCUUCCCUUGGCUUAAGGGAAAUGGGAGGAAAGAAAAGUUUGGGGGGUGUUUUUGUCUUUUCAUAGUGAAGGUGUCUUUGGAAAAAAAAAGUUGGGAAAUUUGAAAGAAUUGUAAAAAGCUGAAGUGACCAAGAAAAAUGUUCUUUUGGCCCGCAGCUUUUGUUAUAUAACAGUACUUAUAUUAUUAGUAGGUUUGUUAUAUUGAAAUAUAGAUAUGAAUACAACAUAAUGUUAGUUAA